AUGGACAUUUUUGGAGGCGCUCCUCGUGUUUUGGGCUACCCGCGGCCUGUUGUAGUACAAUGCGGGGCUGAGGCCACUCUCAAAUGCCAAAUUGGUGGAGACCCUCAUCCUGACGUGAUCUGGGAGCACAAAAACAUUCAGAUUGUCACUGGAGGACGCUACAAGCUUUUCGAAGAGGAACCGUUCUUCCUGUUGAGCAUCAGCGAUGUGAAUGAGAUGGAUGCCGGUCAAUACGUCUGUAAAGCCAGAAACAGUGUAGGUGAAACCUAUGCUGCAGCCUCCCUGAAAGUGGAGAAAAAUGGCCAGCAAUUUGAAGCAAAUGGUGUCAAGCAGCAAGGGACAGAGAAUGGGCAUGGAAAUGAGGACAGAACAUUACAGAAUGGAAACCACAUGGAAGAGAAUGGAACACAUACGUUUGAACAGGAGAUUGACUUAACAUCCAAUGACAAACCAAGGUUCCUUAUCAAGCCUCUAUCAUUGCAAGUGAACAGAGGAGAGGACGCUGCCUUCUCUUGCAAGGUUUGGGGCACGCCUUUGCCAGAGGUAGUAUGGGAAAAAGACGGCAAGAAACUCAAUGAAAUCUUUGAGAGCUCUCACUUCUCCAUUAGUGUUCAAGACGGAGGAUGGUUCCAGCUUAAGAUUUAUCGAACUCGUGCACCUGACAAAGGAGUUUACACCUGCAAAGCCCUAAACUGUAAUGGGGAGGCCAUGGCUGGUGCUUUCCUUCUUGUUGAACCUGUACCAGAGAGGCACGACAGCAUGAAAUCCAGCCUGUGGUCACCAAAGGAAAGAGGGAGUAAACUUGGUUUGCCAAGGCUCAAGGAGGAGCCACAGGUCAAUACCUCACAGGUAAAGAAGUUUGUGGUGGCAGAGGGGAAACACGCCAAGUUCCGCUGCUCUGUCACAGGAAAGCCAAAGCCAGAGAUCAUAUGGAAGAAAGACGGAGAACACCUUGAGGCCGGCAGGCGGCACCUCAUAUUUGAGGACAGAGAAGGUUAUUACACAUUGAAGGUUCUGUACUGUAAAGUUCAGGACACGGGACUGUAUGUGUGUGCAGCAUCCAAUGCUCUUGGAAACACUCUCAGUGCCGUUCAUCUGUCAGUCAAAGGCACACACGUGCGAUUUAAGCAUCCGUUAAAAGAUGUGGAGGCAAGGGAGAGGAAUGUUGCUGUUCUGGAAUGCGAGGUUCCGGAUGAGUCAGCCCCAGCCACGUGGUACCGUGAGGAUCAUAAACUGAUGCCCAGCAGCAAAUAUGGGAUUGAGCAACAAGGUACUCGGCGAAGACUCACCAUUCAAGAUUUGGAAAUGGAUGAUGAUGGAGUGUAUCUCUGCGAGAUGCCAGAUGGGGCAAAAAGCAUAGCAGAGCUGUCGGUAAAAGGUAAAAUCAUACGUAAACUUCCACGGAAGGUGGAGGUGUUCGAAGGUGAGAAUGCUGCGUUCUGUGUGGAAGUGGAGGAUGAAGAUAUGGAGAUUCAUUGGUUCAGAAAUGGGCUGAAACUACACGAGACACACCAGACAAUCCUCAAGUGUUUUGGGAAAACUCAUAUUCUGGUUUUUGUUAACGUGACCCACCAAGACUCAGGGGUGGUGACUUUUGUUACAGGAAGAUCCAAGACUUCCUCUCGUCUUAAAGUAAGAGCCAUGAGGCACUCUCCACCAACCUGUCCAGCUGAAGUCAAAAUGGAUCUGGAUGGCCCAAAUGGCAUCCUGCUUUCCUGGGUUCCUGCACCGUACAAUCAGACGACUCGCUCAAUUUUUGUGAUAGAAAGAAAGGAAGCGAGCUCACAAGAGUGGCAGAAAUGCUUUACCUCUGAAAACGCCACCUCAGCUGAGAUCUACAGCGACAGUGUUCCACAUGAGGGAGACUACCACUUCAGAGUCUGCUGCAUCAACAAGUAUGGCCGCAGUGGCCAUGUAGAGUUUCCUAAAGCUGUCCAUCUGGUUCCGGGAACAAAAAUUUGCAGUCACCUUCGUGACCUGGAGGUCACAGAGGGAGAGGACGCUGUGUUUUCCAUCGUGUUGUCUGCCUCCGUAGUUGGUACCUGGUUUUUUAAUAGUGCCCAGCUGCAAGACGGUGGACGGUACUCCAUAAGACAGUCCAAAACAGAGCAUAUAUUAGUUAUCCAUAAAAGUCUCACUGCAGAGGAUAUGGCAGAGAUCACAUUUAUCGCCAAUGGCGUGCGGGACUCAGCUGUUCUCAAGGUUAAACCCGCAGUCAUAAAAUUCAGCCCUUUGCUGGAAUCUGACAGUAUGAAAAGGGUAGAGAUUGGUGACGUCAUUGUGUUGUACUGCGAGGUAUCUCACCCUUCAGCUAAAGUAAGGUGGUUCAAAGACGGUGAAGAGCUGCUGAUGAGCGAUGCAUUGAAUAUCCAAUCAGAUGGGAACAUGAGGAGAGUUGUGAUUCAGUCUGCUGAAAAACAUCAUGCUGGGGUUUAUACAUGUCAAACAUCAGGAGAUGUCAUCACAUUCAUGGUUGGAGUUGCAGGUCCUCCAGUGGAGUUCAGUCAAGCCCCUGAAGAAGACCUUCAUAAGACCAGCAUGGAGCUUGACCCUGUGGUGCUGCUCUGCCAUGUCUCACAGGAGGAUGCUCAAGUUGUGUGGUAUAAGGAUGGUUGUGAAAUUGAACCUAGUGACAACAUUACUCUGCAGGCAGAGGGAACGCUAAGGAGGCUGAUUAUCCGCUCUGCUAAAACCUCUGAUGCGGGGAGCUACCGCUGCAAAGUGGAAAACAACAGUAUGGAGUUCACAGUCAAUGUCAAAGAACCCCCAGUGAUGAUUGUGUACCCUAAAGACGACGUCGUGAUGGAGCAUUACAUUUCAGAGGACAUUCACAUGCAGUGUGAGUUGUCUCGCACAUGUGGGAAGGUGCAGUGGUUCAAGAACGGUGAGGAAGUGGAAGAGAGCAGCAAUAUCCAAUUGAUAAGCGAGGGACCCUACAGACGGUUGAGCAUUCUCCACAGCACAGAGGAGGAUGGGGGGGAGUACAUCUGCGAGACAAAUGGAGACUCUGUAUUCUUUCAGCUGAUUGUCACAGAACCUCCAGUGCGAAUCAUUUCCCCCACUGAAACGGAGCUUAAACUCACCCACUUGGCUUCCACUAAACUACAGCUAAACUGUGAGAUCUCACAUUCUGAUGCUAAUGUCAGAUGGUACAAAGACAACCUUGAGUUAGAGGAGGGUCCAAACCUCAUGCUGGAAGUCGAUGGGGCAAAACGGCGGCUGAUUAUACCUGUGGCCUCAGUGAAGGAUGCAGGAGAGUUUGUUUGUGACACUGAACAUGACUCUGUUGCCUUCAUGGUGACUAUUAUAGAGCCACCAGUGGUCCUUUCUCGUCCUAAAAACACACCAGGGAAGCUGGAGAUAUUUGCCGGGAAGACAAUUGUUCUGGAGGUUAUCGCAUCACGCCUCAAUGCAGAAGUGAAGUGGCUGUUAAAUGGCAAAGAAAUAGAGGAGAGCAAUUUUGUGACCAUCACAGAGAAUGGAUUACUCCAUCGUCUUGAAAUUCACUCUCCGUCUCCAUCGGAUUCUGGCACUUACAGCUGUGAUGCUGUAGAUGAUAGACUCGACUUCCAGGUCAGGAUUUUAGAACACCCAGUAAAUAUCUUAAGGAAAUCUGAGAUUGACACACAACUCAAGGUACUACGUUCCGAUGAUAUUGUUCUGGAAUGUGAGCUCUCCAGAGGCAAUGUCAAAACCAAAUGGUACAAGGAUGGCAAUCGAAUUGAGUGUGAUGGAAGAUUUUGUGAGGAGGAAGAAGGUGCUUUUCGAUCACUAGUUAUUCUCAAUGCUGAGCUUUGCGACUCUGGAGAGUACUUUAUGGAUGCAGGAGAUGAUAACAUCAGUUUCCAGGUUACAGUGCAAGAGCCCCCAGUGACCAUUGUGGGUAACUCCAAAGAUGCAGACUUCCAGGAGUUGGCAGCAGGGGAUGACCUAGUCCUGGCUUGUGAGGUUUCUUGCGCAAAUGCUCCUGUCCAAUGGUUCUGCAAUGAUCAGUUGCUUAUUAAUGACUCUCGCACCUUUAUUGAAUGCGACGGGACUCUGAGGAAAAUUAUUAUUUCAAAUGUUCAACCCUCGGAUUCUGGGAAGUACAUUUGUGACACAGUAGAUGACAAGAUGAUCAGUAUUGUCAGAAUUCCAGUGCCCCGUGUGGUUGAGUUUCUCACUGAGCUUCAGAACACUACUGUGCUAGAAGGAGAAGAUGCUACUUUUAAGUGUGUCGUUUCACCUGAGGAUGUGCAGUUGGUCUGGUUCAUGGACAACGAAAUGAUCAAAUCAAGUGACCGUAUCCAGGUCGCACAGAAUGGUUUAUGUCACACAUUAGUGAUAAGAAAGUGCCAUGUGUUGGACUGUUCCCAAAUCACAGCUGAAGCUGAAGGAACAUCAAGCAAAGCAAGCCUCAGAGUACAAGAGGCUCAGGUUAUGUUUACAAAGAAAAUGGAACCUGUCAUGGCAGAAGAGUUUGGCGAUGCCACCCUAGAGACGGAGAUCAGCCUUGAGAUGGGCGAGGUGCAGUGGAUGAGACAGGGGGUGGUUAUCCAGCCUGGGCCCCGAUAUUCACUCAAUCAGAAUGAGUGUAAACGUAGUCUGACCAUUCACAAUUUAAAUCUGUCGGACCGUGGAACCUAUCGUUGCGAGACUCUGCAUGACAGGACCCAGGUCAAGCUAAAUGUAGAGCCCCGCAAAAUCUCAAUCCGUAAAAGCCUGACUGACCAGGAAACCUUAGAACGUGAGACGGCAUCCUUCGAGGUGGAGUUAUCUCACACUGACGUGGAGGGCAAUUGGCACAAGGACGGUAUCCGGGUGAAGCCAAACAACCAGUUUAGGGUGAGCACAAAUGGGCGACUUCAUGGCCUCACCCUUUCCAACCUCACACUUGAGGACACAGGCACCAUUGCCUUCUCUGCCGAAGGGGUACGCACAACUGCAAGGCUCACUGUUAAAGAGACUCCAGUUACCGUCCUAAAGGAGCUGGUUGAUAUCCGUGUAGAAGAAGAAUUUCCUGCCACUCUGGAAUGUGAAUUCUCUCGACAAAACAUUGAAGUCAAAUGGUUCAAGAGUGGGACUGAGCUGAAACCAGGCAAGAACUGUCGCAUCUAUUCCAUGGGGAGAAAGAAGUUCUGUCAGAUUCUACAGUGCUCUAUGAUGGACUCUGGCAUCUACACCUGUGAUGUGGGGGAAACCAGUACUUCCUGUUCAUUGGAGGUUUAUGAGCAUGAGCUGAAGAUACUGCAGGAUCUGGAGGACCUGUACAUAAAGGAGGAUCAGAACGCAGUCUUUAUGUGUGAGGUUUCCCUGGAAAAUGUGAUUGGAGAUUGGUAUAAGAAUGGCCAAAAGAUCCGGCCUACUAGCACCAUCAAGACUCGCACAGAAGGGACAAAACACUUCUUACUUAUGUGUAACGUCAAAGCUGAAGAUACUGGGGAAGUACGCUUUGUAAGCAGAGAUCUUGAAUCUAUAGCUUACCUUGAGGUAGAAGAACUCCCAGUAUUCAUUAUCAAACCAUUACGAGACAGGACAGCAUUGGAGAAACAUCGUGUCAUCCUGGAGUGUACUGUGUCCUCUGCUAACUGUAGCGCUACCUGGUACCGCGGCGAAGAGAGGCUUGUCCCCUCAGAUCGAGUAGAUCUCGUAGUCGACGGUUGCUCGCAUAAACUUUUAAUUCAGCAGGUAGCGGUGGAGGAUGAAGGCAUCUACAUGAUUGAGGUUGGGGAGCAUACAUCCCAAGCCAAGCUCAUGGUGGAAGCUCAAGAGCUUGUGGUGGUGCGGGAGCUAGACGACGUGGAUGUGACUGAGAAUGAACCAGCGGUCUUCCAAUGCGAGGUCUCCGUGGCUAUCAGCAGACCCCCUGUUUGGUCGCUGAAUGGAAAAAACAUACAGCCUGAUCCAUCGGUCCGCCUUGAGAACCACGGCACUUUGCACAAGCUCACACUGAAGCAAACCAGUGUGGACAUGAGUGGUGUAGUGAAGUUUAAUGUGGGCAAGGCAAAGAGCAGUGCCAAUCUAAAUGUGAGGGAAUGCAAAUGA